GACGAGUUACUGAACUCAACACGGAACAAUAACUACAAAGCACACGAAACACGCACCUCAAGCAGACAGACAAUUCAAACACACACGCACACACGCGCACACUCUCUCGCACUGCUCAACCAUCCAAACGCAAACGCACUCGUGCGGAGGACGAAUAUAUAAAAUUUUGCCUUUUAGACUCAUACCUCGCCUUGCUUUUUAUUUUUCUCCUCCGCCUCCGUUUGACUCCCACGACGCGCACUCGUCGUGAGAUCUCUUUCUCAUUGGCUGGAAAAAUAGAAUGAUGAGCGCCUCUCACCCGCCUUCGACCGCAGCCACGCCUCACCUCUUCGGACUGCCACAACGUAUGUUUAAAGACGGUGCACCGGCAGACGCACACACCACUGCCUCCUCCUUCUUCUCACCCUUCUCCCUGAGCAGCACUCCGCUCGCUUGCCGGGACAGCAAAAGCACCGCCGUCGUGCUGUCUGACCGAGACCGUGAGGGCGACGAGGCGCUGACGCCGACGGCCUUCAGCAACUCCACCACAUCCGUCACCACGUCCAUCGCAAUGCACACAGAGGACGAGGAAGGCCGUGCGCACAAUUCCGACGUCACUCUGCGCUCUACCGACGCUCCUACAGACUCUGCGCUGCCGCAGCCGCAGCCGCGCGCACGUCGUUGGACACCGCGACGGCGCUCGCCUGGCAACUGCUCCUUCAGCAGCAUCGGUGGUAGUGGCGAAGCUGGUGUGACCACGGUGCGGGAUUGGGUGCGGUCUUCGCGAUGCAGCCCUUCCAAGGAGCCGCGCAGCUCCUCGGUGUCACGCCGCGACGGCUUCGUCGCCUCCUUUGUUUCUGCCCUCGUGCCCCGUGAAGGGAGUGGAGGCGGCAGCGAGGGCGGUGGGCACGGCGAGGGCUUCUGGGGUGAAAGCGGCACCUCCAUCACGACUCGUAGUGACAGCUUGGUAGGCAGUGCUCGCGGGGAGAGGGAGGAAGCGGUGAAUUUGGCUGAUGGCGGUCCGCAGCCGCACCUGCACCGUAUGCGGAGCCCUCCGCGGACAGCUUCGUGGCGGCAGCUGCGCUCGCACCCAGGCGGCGCCUCUUCGCGGGUCCCACCGCUCUCGUUUCCAUCCUCCGCAGCGGCGCCGCCGCCGUCGUCUUCGUUCUCAUCUCUCUCCUCCGCGCAGUCGCUCUCGCUGCCCGGGACGCCAACCUUCUCCACCGCCGCCCUCUCCCGUGACACCAGCUGGACCGGCACAAAUUUGUCCGCCAACUGGGAAAUGAGAAGAGCGGUCCUGGAUCGCGAGCACACCGACGUGGUUGAUAUGUGCGGCAGCGUGUCCACCGCCGUAACGCUGAUGCGCGGGUGGGGCAUGUCGGAGCCGCACGGACAACACGUGUCCAGCACGCUUUCCGGUGUUUCUUCCCCAUCUGUGCUGACGCCGCUGUCAAGCCGUGCCGCCUCUCCGGCCGCCUUCGCACCGUCGUCCUCAAUCAACCACCACCACAGCAAUCGUGAAGUGCGUACGUCACCACCACCGCCACUACUCGCGUCAUCAUCCUCUGUACCGUCUUCGGGGCCGGCCAUGUCGAUGAGCGCACGCGAGUUGGCGCAGAUGCGGGAGUGGCAGAGUACCGCAGAGGCACAACAGCAAGAGCAGCCACUCAACAACAUGCGUGACAGCAGUAGCGGUGGCAACGCGUUGUUUGGCGCAUCGGCUCGUCUCCCGCCCACGGUGCCUCGCGCAACACGGCAGGAUGACUUCAACGGGCGAUGCUGGAGCGGUGGCGAGCCUCUCAGUGCGCGCUCCGACAGCCCGUCGCGCGCCUCCGCGUCAUCAUACGCAAGCGGGAUGUGGAGUGGUCAGCGCGGCAGCAACGCGCAGACGUCGCUGGGCUGGCGAAGUGACGCUGCAGGCGGCGACUCUACGACCAGCAGCCGUCGCCUCUCUCCGGUCUCCUUCUCCCAUGCGUGGAGUGGCGGCGUGCGACGUGGCAGUGGAUUUCCAGAUAGCUGCACGACCACGCCUCUCACGCCCGCCUCACCCGGCUUCCCCCACCCCUUGUCCGCUGACCUCUUCGCCGUUGGACAGGGCUACUUCAACGCGGAGGAUGCGGUGGAUGCGCGCACCAUGGAGGAUAUCGAGGAUGCAAACACGAAGCGGCAGUGUGUGGAGAGCCCCACGGCGGCGACGUCGCCUAUGCUGACCUCCCUCUCUCUCUCACUGGGCUCCUCGUGCUCGUCCUUGGCGUCGCUGUCCCUGGCCGACGCCCUCGCUACGCAGUCGUCGCGCGUGGCGCUGCCGAGCGAGGCACACUUGUGGCAGCAGCGCGAACGUCGCCGUCGCGACGUCUCCCCCUCUGUGGCGCGACCGGAUGAUGAUGACUGUGACAAUGAGGAGGUCGGCCGUCAGGGUGCUGUGAGGGGCGUGGCUGACAGCAGCAGUAGCAGCAGCGGCAACAGCAAUACUGUGCGGGGGGAUCACUGCUGCGUGGGCGCCGAAGGUUGCGUGACGGGCGUGCGAAGUGCUGGACGGCGUGAUGCGGAGGCGGCGGCGUUGGGAGGUGGUGGCGGGAGCAGCAGCCCUUGCACCUCCGCUGCUCGCACCGCAGCUUCUUCUUGUGCGGGUCUUCACUCGUUAAGCUGCCACUGGCAGCAGCAGCAACAGCAGAGGAAAGGCAACGACAGCUGCGGGGUGUAUGACCACGACAGCUCGCCCCCUCUCGCCCUUCUGCGGGAGGCCACCGUCGCCCCCUCCGCAGCGGCCCGCACGGGUGUGUUCGAGGUCGGUACAGCGGAGGACGAGGCGGGUGACGGGGAGAUCAGCAGCAAGGCCGCCUCCCUGUCCUUCUGCUCCGCCUCCGAGGACGAGCCGGAGGUGGACACGUUUGCGCUGGAGCGGGCGCAGGCGGUGAUGGAGGAUGCCGACGCGGAAGCGGUCGCCACGCUGCUCGCACGACAGCACCUUUUGCAUGUCCACGCCACCUCUGACUUUGCACAGGACCUGCGCGCACAUGGGGCCCACGUUGACCCGGCGCUGUGGGAAGAGAAGGUGGUGGAGCUGAAGGAAGGCGGAGGAGGAACGAGCAACAUCAAGGAGGAAGAAAAACCCUUGAGGAGCUCUCACAAGUCUGUCGGCGCAAGCAAUGCGGAGGAGGACGCGAGCGGUGGCACCGGCCUGUCCGUCACGUCCGACUCUCUCGACGUCGCCACCGGCUCCACCACGAAGUGCAGUCCGCUGUCCCCUCCUCCCCUACCACCCAGCGCAGCGCACGCGCCUUCCUCCUCUUCGUCUUACCUUGGCGACUCCCCCGCACGGUGCGCGUCAUCGACCCUUACCAGCCGCAUCGGCGGGGACGAGGGCCUCCUACGCACCCCACCGCGGCCAAAGCGUCCGGCACAGCACAUGCGGUGGGGUGCCGCGGAGGACAGCGAGGAGGUGCGCACGCCGGGCUCGGCAACGACGGCGAGUUCACGCUCGCUGCGUGAUGUGUCACCGCCGGUGCGGGAGCGCAGCAUGGCCCCGGCGGAGCUGUGGAAAGAGAAGGAGGAGAAGGAGGAGGAAGAGCUGUGA